AUGGAGCUUUCUGUCGUCAUGUUUGCUGCUAUUCUACUGGCCACAUCUAUCAUCGCAUCUCCUCUCUCCUCUCGGCUACAGACGGACGGUGAGAUACAGCGAUCUUCCCAAGUUCUGCGCCGCACGAUCCGGCCUCAUAAACCAGGUACCUUAGAAGUGCUCGAUCUGAACCAAACGUCCCACGAGACUUACAGCUCAAACUGGGGUGGCGCUAUUCUCAUUGGUACCAGAUACACUGCGGUAUCCGGAGAGAUCACAGUUCCUGCCCCCAACUUCCAAAUGGUGCUAAUCCUUAUACAAACUACUGCGCCUCUAACAGCCAUUCUACAAGCUGGAAUCUAUUUCUGUAUCCAAGGAGGCCUCUAUUCAUAUAGCGCGUGGUACGAAUGGUAUCCAGACUACGCCCAUGACUUUAGCAACAUCCAAAUUUCGGCUGGAAAUGUGAUCAUAAUGACUGUCGAUGCAACUUCGAAGAGUUCCGGCUUUGCGACUAUCGAGAAUCUAUCCACAGGCGUAUCUGUGACGCAUAUAUUCCCCAAUGGUCUUGGCGGUGACCUCUGCGAGUUCAACGCCGAAUGGAUUGUGAAGGACUUUUCUGUAAACAACGCAUUGGCUCCAAUCGCCAACUUUGGCACUGUAGUAUUCUCUAAUGCAGUUGCUUCGCGCGGUGGGAUAAGUUACGGACCAUCGGGUGCUACCAUCAUGGACAUCUAUCAGGAUCGAAUCCUCACAUCUACUUCUGUCACCGACAACACUGUCAAUAUCAGUUAUAUCAAGUUCUGA